AAGCUAUCAUUCGUUAUCUUGUAUCAGCGAGCACCCGAAUUAGAACACUCCCAUAAUCAUGACUUCCGAGCACAAAAAGAAUGAUCCUGUUCUUGUUGUCGGUGCUGGUGUCUUUGGUCUAGCCACAGCCCAUCAGCUGGCAUCAGCAGGCUAUACAAAUAUCACCGUUCUGGAAAAAGACGGCCAGAUUCCAAGUCGCUUCUCAGCAGGCUACGAUCUUAACAAAAUCGUGCGUCCCGAGUACGCAGACUCGUUCUACACUGCGUUGACAUUGGAAGCCAUAAAGAAAUGGCAGGAAGAUCCUCUGUACAAGCCAUACUUUCACCAGGUCGGAUUUCUAAAUGUUACCUCUGGGUCAGCACCGAAGAUAUCGCGGGAUAUAUUGCAAAAGUAUCUAGCUUCUGUUUCAGGGCACCCCGAAGUUCGGGACAAGAUACAGCCAUGUCCUGAUAGCUCUGCAAUCAAGAAAUUGAUACCUGCACUUUCUGGGCCCGUGAAAGGUUGGAGCGGCUAUCUCAAUUCUCUGGCCGGAUACGCUCACGCCGCGGAUGCAAUGAAAUCAGUUUAUGAAGAUUGUCUCCAGAAAGGAGUCUCGUUCCGCCUUGGACCUCACGAAGGUGAGGUUGCUGAACUCCUCUUCGCGCCUGGGACCCGUCGCUGUAUCGGCGCGAGGACAAAAGGUGACGUGCGCUACCAUGCGGCCACGACUAUCGUGGCCGUUGGUGCGAAUGCAGUGAGGAUAAUACCGUCUGCCACGUCUCAGAUAACAGCGAGGUGUUGGGGUGUCUCCCACAUUCAGCUCAGUCAGGAGGAAACAGAAAAGCUCCGAGGAAUUCCGGUUAUCAACGUGCGCGAUAUCGGUUUCUUCUUUGAGCCUGACCUGGCCACAAAUAAACUGAAAGUCUGUCACAUGGGAGGGGGAUAUACCAAUUCCUCCGGCUCUACUGGAAUCUCUCUACCACCGUCGAGACUCGCAGAUUCCGACUUUAUCUUGAAAGAGGAUGAAGAGGCAUCCAGAAGACUGCUACGUGAGGCGUUGCCCCAUCUCGCUGACAGACCCCUCAUCGACAAUCAUCUGUGCUGGUUUGCAGAUAGCGAUGAUUAUAAUUUUGUGAUAGACUAUGUUCCAGAAACGGAAAGAUCACUCGCAAUCCUCUCCGGGGACUCAGGGCACGGCUUUAAGAUGUUACCCGUCAUGGGUGGCCUUGCGAUGAAGCUCCUGGUGGAUGGCCAGCAGAGAGUAUCCAGAUGGAAAUGGAAGGAGUCAAAGCCGGGUGACACUGUUGCGUGGAGGACAGGCUCGAGUUCAGAUUUGGCCACUACACCUCGUGCUAAGCUCUAGAGGAUCGUGGCAAUGAUGGAUAUUAUACCUAUGUUAAGAAUAGCACAGAAUUACUCAACUCUAACUGAGCUCUCUGCUCAUAUCAAUAACAGAAAGC